GUGUGCGGGGCCUCGGGUCAGUUUGAGCUGGAGAUCCUGUCCAUGCAGAACGUGAACGGAGAACUGCAGAAUGGGAACUGCUGCGGCGGCGCCCGGAACCCUGGCGACCGCAAGUGCACCCGAGACGAGUGUGACACGUACUUCAAAGUGUGCCUCAAGGAGUAUCAGUCCCGCGUCACGGCCGGGGGACCCUGCAGCUUCGGCUCAGGGUCCACGCCCGUCAUUGGAGGCAACACCUUCAAUCUCAAGGCCAGCCGCGGCAACGACCGUAAUCGCAUCGUUCUGCCUUUCAGUUUCGCCUGGCCGAGGUCCUACACUUUGCUGGUGGAGGCAUGGGAUUCCAGUAACGACACUGUUCAACCUGAUAGCAUAAUUGAAAAGGCCUCUCACUCAGGCAUGAUAAACCCCAGCCGGCAAUGGCAGACACUGAAACAAAAUACGGGGAUUGCCCACUUUGAGUAUCAGAUCCGAGUGACCUGUGAUGACCACUACUAUGGCUUUGGCUGCAAUAAGUUCUGUCGGCCUAGAGAUGACUUCUUUGGACACUAUGCCUGUGACCAGAAUGGCAACAAAACCUGCAUGGAAGGCUGGAUGGGUCCUGAGUGUAACAAAGCUAUAUGCCGGCAGGGCUGUAGUCCCAAGCAUGGUUCUUGCAAGCUCCCAGGUGACUGCAGGUGCCAGUAUGGUUGGCAGGGCCUGUACUGUGAUAAGUGCAUCCCGCACCCGGGUUGUGUCCAUGGCACGUGCAAUGAACCCUGGCAAUGCCUCUGUGAGACCAACUGGGGUGGACAGCUCUGCGACAAAGAUCUGAAUUACUGCGGGACCCAUCAGCCUUGUCUCAACCGGGGAACUUGUAGCAACACUGGUCCUGACAAAUACCAGUGUUCCUGUCCCGAGGGCUACUCAGGACCCAACUGUGAAAUUGCUGAGCACGCUUGCCUCUCUGACCCCUGCCACAACAGAGGCAGCUGCAAGGAGACUUCCUUGGGCUUUGAGUGUGAGUGCUCUCCAGGCUGGACUGGGCCCACGUGUUCCACAAACAUUGAUGACUGUUCUCCAAAUAACUGUUCCCAUGGGGGCACCUGCCAGGAUUUGGUGAAUGGAUUCAAGUGUGUGUGCCCACCCCAGUGGACUGGCAAGACAUGUCAGUUAGAUGCAAAUGAAUGCGAGGCCAAGCCUUGUGUAAAUGCCAGAUCCUGUAAGAAUCUGAUUGCCAGCUACUACUGUGAUUGCCUUCCUGGCUGGAUGGGUCAGAACUGUGACAUAAACAUCAAUGACUGCCUUGGCCAAUGUCAGAAUGACGCCUCCUGUCGGGAUUUGGUUAAUGGUUAUCGCUGUAUCUGUCCACCUGGCUAUGCAGGCGAUCACUGUGAAAGAGACAUCGAUGAAUGUGCUAGCAACCCCUGCUUGAAUGGGGGUCACUGUCAGAAUGAAAUCAACAGAUUCCAGUGUCUGUGUCCCACUGGUUUCUCUGGAAACCUCUGUCAGCUGGACAUUGAUUACUGCGAGCCCAACCCUUGCCAGAAUGGUGCCCAAUGCUAUAAUCGUGCCAGUGAUUAUUUUUGCAAGUGCCCUGAGGACUAUGAGGGCAAGAACUGCUCACACCUGAAAGACCACUGUCGCACAACUCCCUGUGAAGUGAUUGACAGCUGCACUGUGGCCAUGGCCUCCAACGACACGCCUGAAGGGGUUCGGUAUAUCUCCUCUAACGUCUGUGGUCCCCAUGGGAAAUGCAAGAGCCAGUCGGGAGGCAAAUUCACCUGUGACUGUAACAAAGGCUUCACCGGCACCUACUGCCAUGAAAAUAUUAACGACUGUGAGAGCAACCCCUGUAAAAAUGGUGGCACUUGCAUCGAUGGUGUUAACUCCUACAAGUGUAUCUGUAGUGACGGCUGGGAGGGGGCCUACUGUGAAGCCAACAUAAAUGAUUGUAGCCAGAGCCCCUGUCACAAUGGGGGUACAUGUCGAGACCUGGUCAAUGACUUUUACUGUGACUGCAAAAAUGGAUGGAAGGGAAAGACUUGCCAUUCACGUGACAGCCAGUGUGAUGAGGCCACGUGCAACAAUGGUGGUACCUGCUAUGAUGAAGGGGAUGCAUUUAAGUGCAUGUGUCCUGGUGGCUGGGAAGGAACAACCUGUAACAUAGCCAGAAACAGUAGCUGCCUGCCAAGCCCCUGUCAUAAUGGAGGCACCUGUGUGGUCAACGGCGAAUCCUUCACCUGUGUCUGCAAAGAAGGCUGGGAGGGGCCUAUUUGUACUCAAAAUACCAAUGACUGCAGCCCUCAUCCUUGUUACAACAGUGGGACCUGUGUGGAUGGAGACAACUGGUAUCGGUGCGAAUGUGCCCCAGGUUUUGCUGGACCGGACUGUAGGAUAAACAUCAAUGAAUGCCAGUCUUCACCUUGUGCCUUCGGGGCCACCUGUGUGGAUGAGAUCAAUGGCUACCAGUGCAUCUGCCCUCCAGGACAUAGUGGUACCAAAUGCCAUGAAGUUUCAGGGAGAUCUUGCAUCACUAUGGGGAGAGUGAUACUUGAUGGGGCCAAGUGGGAUGAUGACUGUAACACCUGCCAGUGCCUGAACGGACGGAUCGCCUGCUCCAAGGUCUGGUGUGGCCCUAGACCUUGCCGGCUCCACAAAGGUCACAGUGAAUGCCCCAGUGGGCAGAGCUGUAUUCCGGUCCUAGAUGACCAGUGCUUUGUGCACCCCUGCACCGGUGUGGGCGAGUGUCGAUCCUCCAGUCUCCAGCCAGUGAAGACCAAGUGCACAUCUGACUCCUAUUACCAGGAUAAUUGUGCAAACAUCACUUUCACGUUCAACAAAGAGAUGAUGUCUCCAGGUCUUACCACUGAGCACAUUUGCAGUGAAUUGAGGAAUUUGAAUAUUCUGAAGAAUGUUUCUGCUGAAUAUUCAAUCUACAUAGCCUGUGAGCCUUCCCUGUCUGCGAACAAUGAAAUACAUGUGGCCAUUUCUGCGGAAGACAUCCGGGAUGAUGGGAACCCUAUCAAGGAAAUUACUGAUAAAAUAAUAGAUCUCGUUAGUAAACGUGAUGGAAACAGCUCACUUAUUGCUGCUGUUGCAGAAGUCAGAGUUCAGAGGCGUCCUAUGAAAAACAGAACAGAUUUCCUGGUUCCUCUGCUGAGCUCUGUCUUAACAGUGGCUUGGCUCUGUUGCUUGGUGACAGCCUUCUACUGGUGUGUACGGAAGCGGCGGAAGCCCAGCAGCCACACACAUUCUGCCUCCGAGGACAACACUACCAACAAUGUGCGGGAACAGCUGAACCAGAUCAAAAACCCCAUUGAGAAACACGGAGCCAACACAGUCCCCAUUAAGGAUUAUGAGAACAAAAACUCCAAAAUGUCAAAAAUAAGGACACACAACUCCGAAGUGGAGGAGGAUGACAUGGAUAAACACCAGCAGAAAGUCAGGUUUGCCAAACAGCCAGUGUACACACUGGUAGACAGAGAGGAGAAGGCCCCCAGUGGCACACCGACAAAACACCCGAACUGGACAAACAAACAGGACAACAGAGACUUGGAAAGUGCCCAGAGCUUGAACCGGAUGGAGUACAUCGUAUAGCAGACAAUGGGCUGCCACCAUAGGUAGAGUCUGAGAGCACCCCGGGGCUUGUAGUUUCUUUAAACUGUUGUCGUAUUCCAGUCUGAGGCUGUUGACUUAGAAUCCUAUGUUAAUUUAAGUUUCGACAAGCUGGCUUCCACUGGCACUGGUAGUUUCUGUGGUUGCUGGGAAAUGGAGUGCAGUGCCCACAGCUAUGCAAAAAAACUAGUGAAUGUGCCUGGGUGUACAUUCCCCUGCAGCCGACACAUCGGGGCUCCCAGGAGCUGCCCAGCCCUCGGCCAGGAGCUGCCACUUGUGCCAGCGGUCCUAAUGGUGACGCAGCCUUAGGAUCAUAGUUUUAUUUAUAUUUAUUGACUCUUGAGUUGUUUUUGUAUAUUGGUUUUAUGAUGACGUACAAGUAGUUCUGUAUUUGAAAGUGCCUUUUGCAGCUCAGAACCACAGCAACUAUCACAAAUGACUUUAUUAUUUAUUUUUUUUAUUGUAUUUUUGUUGUUGGGGGAGGGGGGCUUUGAUGUCAGCAGUUGCUGGUAAAAUGAAGAAUUUAAAGAGGAAAAAUGUGUCAAAAGUAGAAUUUUUGUAUAGUUAUGUAAAUAAUUCUUUUUUAUUAAUCACUGUGUAUAUUUGAUUUAUUAACUUAAUAAUCAAGAGCCUUAAAACAUCAUUCCUUUUUAUUUAUAUGUAAUGUGUUUAGAACUGAAGGUUUUUGAUAGCGUUGUAAACAUAUGACUUUUUUUUUUUUUUUUUUU